GUACAUGGAAACUUGUGAACGCCCCCACAAACUACAUUAGCUUUUUAAACCCACCAUCUUCUGUACAUAAAGCAAAGAAGGCAGGAAAAUCCGGUUUGAAUAAGCAAAGUAUCGUCUUUAAUUUACYAAGGAAAUAAAGCAGUUAGCACUGGUCAUGUAAUAAGGAUGAGCUAAUGUUGCCCAAUGGUAGCUKAUCAUCAAUCUGACAAUGUCAGUUCCARAACAAGCRCGCAUAGCAUCAUGGGUACAUAUGUAAAACGCUUGGGCUUUCGCGUGUUUGUUCAAAAUGAAUAMAUUAUUUCAACGGUGUGAUUAGUWUARMUCACUGACCUGUGAAACGCUGGACUAGUUUCAGGGUUUUAUAUACUCAAACUUUAAGGCUGUUGUCCGAAUGAGCUGACAUCAGAAAAUGGUUGAUGUAUUCCACCGAGCCGCUCGCGAUGGUUAUAUAGAUAUUCUGAAGUCGGCCACGAAGMGAGACACAAAUCGAAAAGACGAAGAUGGCAUGACUCCGGUUCACUACGCGGCAAGUUGUGGCAACGUCGAAGCUCUUCGGUUGUUGGUAGGGAAAGGAGGCGAUCCUGAUAAACCAAACUACGAUGGAGCCACAGCCGUCCAUUUAGCUGCCAACUGUGGUCAACUGAACUGCUUGUCGUUUCUCACAAACUUUGGCUGCAAUAUCUGGGCGUUAAACAACGAUGGGCGAACCCCCCUGGAAGAUGCUGCCUACCACGGCCGAAUGGACUGCGUCCGACAUCUUGAUGGCCUAAUCGCCAUCCAAAUGAUGAGAAACAAAAAAGAAGUUGAAAAACAAAAGCUCCACGCAAAAAGAGAAGCCAUUAAACGAGUCAAAAAGCAAAGCAAGCGUCAACAAGAGCGAGAGAAAGCUUAUGAAAGACGGGUGCGCGAUGAACUCAAGGACCAAUAYGACAGCUUAGGCAGAAAYGACAAGAUUAAAGAUUCCAAUAGCAAUAGCUGGAGUAAGAGAAGCAUAAGGUCCACGAACCCUGACCAACCUUUCUCGGAGCUUGCUAGCGGAAGGGGAUUCUCUAAAAGUACCGARAACAUCGAACCUGUAGACCAUAAAUAUUCAGACACAUUCAGCCAACGCUCGAAAUUAUUCCAAGCUCUUAAAGGUAAAAUCAACAGUACUUUAAGAGGACGCAGGAAGUCAAAAGAAAACGAUGAUGAUUUCUUUACCAAACGCUCUUCACUUAGCCAGCCCGACUUAUAUAGCGAUUCGAUGACGUCACGGACAUUUAACAGCAAGUAUAGAACUCCCUCGAUGAGAUCUGGGAGCAUAACUUCCCAUAGCUCUGAUGAAAACGAAGAGAACGAUUUACAAUUUGGACACAUUAUUAAAACGUACGACAAUAGCGGUAAUGUUUCGACUCAGAUCCAUUACGAUCAUUCGAGCUCUAGCAGGUCAAAUGGAACCGUUAAAAGUAGUAGGAAAAGAGCGGGAAGUGGAAGCUCAGUCAGAAGCGGACGAAGUAAUGGUGAUGGUGUCAGCUUGCGAUCUGCUGGAUAUGACGAUACCGAUGUUUUCAAUGAAAUGGCCGAGUCAGAUGAGGUUAAAGCGGUAAUAACAUUCCUCUCGAGCUUGAACUUAGAACAGUUUGCGGCGCCAUUGAUCAAGGAGAGCAUUGAUCUCCCAGCACUGGUUUUGUGUAGUGACAAAGAUCUUCAAGAGCUGGGCUUACCUCUGGGACCACGUCGUAAAAUCCUUGAAGGCGCCAGAAAGCAUCAGAUGACAAUUUCAAGCCCGUCGCAAAUGACUGACACAAAAAUUUAAUUCCUAGAAUGUCUUAAUAUUUUAAUUGCCAAUUUUCUAAAGCUGUCCAAGGGCGGAUUCAGAGGGUAUUAGGUUAGCUAGCCUCUCCCUCUUCCAGAAAAUCGCAUAUGAAUGAGACUGAUUCUUAAAAACAACUAAAGCUGUGUUCAUCUAAAAAAAAUCUCAUUUUGCGCGCGCAGCCCUAAAUCUAUCCUUUUAAUAUUGCAUAAGCCACUCCCUUAAAAUGUCCUGGAUCCGACACCGAUGUCGUCGAUUUUAAUUGGUUAUAAACCAUGCGAAAAGAAAAUUCAAUAUUGUGAAAAUGUCAUUAUGGUAUCUGUGAUAUAUAUUUUUGCAACUUCUAGGCACCACUUACAAUAUUAGAAWUGAACCAUCCACAGUUACGAAAGAGAACAGUUAUUUUAAAUCUAAGUAGAAACUCAUUUCUUCAUAAAUUGUACAAUUAUUUUUUAUCAUAAUACCAAAWGUAGUAUAGUAUAAAUGGCUUCGUUAGUCAAUAUGGCAAAUAUUUUGCAAAAUGUACAUGCAACAGUCUCUCCCUUCUCUCUGAUUCACUAUCUCGGAAAUUAAAAAGCAAAUAUUGUGUAA